UCGCCCCAUAAAUACAUCCACUCUCCACUCGAAACUCAUCUUUCUACUCUUCACUCCCACCAAGACUUUUCUCAAUCUUCCUUGUUAAUUCUGAUUCUACUGCGAGCUAGCAAUGGCCAAGGACAUUGAAGUAGGUGGGCCUCGCGACUUCCAGGCGAAGGACUACUACGACCCGCCGCCGGCUCCUCUGAUCGACGCUGAAGAGUUAACCAAGUGGUCAUUUUACAGAGCCAUUAUAGCUGAGUUCGUAGCCACUCUCUUGUUCUUGUACAUAACUGUGUUGACCGUGAUUGGUUACAAGAGCCAGACUGACCCAGACCUUAAUACCGAUCAAUGUGGUGGUGUUGGCAUUCUCGGCAUCGCUUGGGCCUUUGGUGGCAUGAUCUUCGUUCUCGUUUACUGCACCGCCGGCAUUUCUGGUGGGCACAUUAACCCGGCUGUAACAUUUGGGCUGUUUUUGGCGAGAAAGGUGUCUCUAGUGCGAGCCAUACUGUACAUGGCGGCUCAGUGUUUGGGAGCCAUUUGUGGUUGUGGGCUAGUUAAGGCAUUCCAGAAGGCUUACUAUGACAGAUACGGCGGAGGAGCCAACGGGCUCGCCGACGGCUACAGCACCGGAACUGGGUUGGGCGCUGAGAUUAUUGGAACUUUUGUUCUUGUCUACACUGUUUUCUCUGCAACUGAUCCCAAGAGAAACGCUAGGGAUUCACAUGUUCCCGUCUUGGCACCUCUCCCAAUUGGAUUCGCUGUGUUCAUGGUUCACCUGGCUACCAUUCCGGUCACUGGAACUGGAAUCAACCCGGCUAGAAGUUUUGGAGCUGCUGUGAUUUACAAUCAGGAUAAGACAUGGGAUGACCAUUGGAUUUUCUGGGUUGGACCUUUAAUUGGUGCUGCCAUCGCUGCGUUUUAUUACCAAUUCGUCCUCAGAGCAUCUGCGGUUAAAGCUUUUGGAUCCUUCAGGAGCAGCUCCGCCAUAUGAUUUUGACAAGUAAUGGUGGAGGAAGAAUGCAUUAUUGCUUCGUUAAGAGGCUAAAGAGACCAUGGAAUCUGUAUAUUAUUAUGUAAUUUUGCUAAUGUUGUCAUCUACUUUGCCUUCCUUUUUCUUUUCUAUCUGGUCAUCAUGUACUUGAUGCUAAUAAAAAUUAAUAUCAAGACUUUUGUGUCAA